AUCAGUCGAUAAGAAAAUAUCUUUAAGUCUAACUUUAUUGACUAAUGUAUUUACGCAACAUCUUAACCAGUGAGAACGCGUCACGCCCCCAUUCUUGAGGUUCUUUUGCCGACGACGUAAACCGUCUGACACCAGUUGCUGGUCAGGACAGGCUGUACGCACGUUGAACCAUUCCGCACACUGCUACUUCAGCAGUCUGAAGUCUACAAAGAUGUCCGGCUGGUCAGUAAACGAUCAUAAGAGCUACACGAAUUCCCCCGCGACAGGGCAAAAGAGGAUGAGGAGCGAGACUGGAAACAAAGUUACGGUGGUGCUUGGCGCGCAAUGGGGAGAUGAGGGCAAAGGAAAAGUGGUCGACUUAUUGGCGACGGAGUCCGACAUGGUUUGCAGGUGUCAGGGUGGUAACAAUGCUGGCCACACAGUUGUAGUUGACGGUCAAGCAUACGACUUCCAUCUUCUCCCAAGUGGAAUCAUCAACUCCAAAUGCACUUCCGUCAUUGGUAACGGCGUAGUCAUCCAUCUACCUGGUUUGUUUGAAGAGGGAGAAAAGAAUGAGAAAAAAGGUCUCAAAGGCUGGGAGAAGCGACUGGUCAUCUCUGAUCGUGCUCACAUAGUGUUUGACUUCCAUCAGGAAGUAGAUGGCAUGCUGGAGGCCCAGAGACAAGAACAGGAGGGGAAGAGCAUCGGAACAACAAAGAAAGGUAUUGGACCCGCAUACACAUGCAAGGCAUCUCGUACUGGGCUUCGUAUCUGUGACCUUUUAGCUGACUUCAAAGAGUUUUCUGCCAGAUUCAAGAACCUUGUUCAGCAGUACCAGUCCAUGUAUCCCGGUCUUAAAGUUGAUGUUGACAGCCAGUUGAAAAAGCUGAAGGAGUAUGCGGAAAGGCUUCGACCCAUGGUGAAAGACGGUGUUUAUUUCAUGUACGAGGCACUCCAUGGACCAGCAAAAAAAAUCCUUGUCGAGGGGGCCAAUGCUGCUCUCCUUGACAUUGACUUUGGUACAUAUCCUUUUGUGACAUCAUCAAACUGCACCGUGGGAGGUGCUUGCACUGGACUUGGCAUUCCUCCUGCAAAUAUUGGAGAUGUGUUCGGAGUUUCCAAGGCCUACACCACCAGGGUGGGCAUUGGGGCCUUUCCCACAGAGCAACUUAAUCCAAUAGGAGAGCUGCUGCAGACGCGAGGUCAUGAGGUGGGUGUGACCACAGGCAGGAAGAGGCGCUGCGGUUGGCUGGACCUGGUCAUCCUGAGAUAUGCCCACAUGAUCAAUGGUUUCACAGCUAUUGCCCUAACUAAACUGGACAUUAUGGACGUUAUGGAUGAGAUCAAAGUUGGUGUGGCUUAUAAAAUCAAUGGAAAACGGAUCCACCAUUUCCCAUCAAACAUGGAUGUUUUAAACAAAGUGGAGGUAGAUUAUGAGACCUUUCCUGGCUGGAAGUCAGACACAUCAGCUGCUAGGAAAUGGGCUGACCUUCCACAAAAAGCUCAGAACUACAUCCGCUUUGUGGAGAACCACAUUGGUGUUCCCAUUAAGUGGGUUGGCGUUGGACCGUCCAGAGAGUGCAUGAUCCAGAUGUUCUAGAAUGCCUCUGCAUCAUUAAGAUGUUCUGGAAUGACUCAGCGUCAUCUAUAGGUUCUCAAGUUCCUAAGAAUAUCACUGAGAUGGAGGCAGACCCAUCUCAGAAGUGUCUCCUCACAAGUCCCAUCUGCCAUCUCCAUCUUAAUACCAGACGGAAUUAACCGUUAUACACACCUACAUUUACUUUAUUGGCUGUCCUUUCACCUUAAACCGUUUCCAGUGGGCAUGACAUAUUUAUGACCUCAUCAGAGUUAUGGAAGCAUCAACGCUGAAAUGGCUGAUCUUCUGAUCUUCUGUCUGAAGUUUUACAGAAGGCAAUGUUUUACUCUGACACAUAGUUGUUGUGGCACCAGUUUCUUGUGAAUCACAUUGCUUGUUUGAACUAUAAAUAUGUGUGGGACUAAGACAGUUAUGAGUUAGUUUCAUGUGACUGGGAAAAAACAUCUUUUUUUCAUAGACAGUCACUUUUAAUGAGGCAUUAUCUUGGCAUUAAAGUGUCAAAACAAGAAGUAUCUCUUACACCCUUACUGUCACUUUGUAUUUUGUGUUGGGGAAGUUUGGUUUUACUCAUAGUUGGAAAAGGCAAUUAAACAAGACAGUUUCCUUUCUACAUGCAUGAAUUAUGCUUAACAGGAAUGUUUUAUGCUGUUGAUAUUUGUUGUUGUUGUUAUUAAUUUGGUGUCAUUUGGAUAAGAGAUUUUGGCUUUGCAAUAAAUCUAAAUACAUUGUGGA